ACCAUCAAGGUCCAGGAAGGCAAUAAGAAUAAAGAAAGCUGCAAAUAUUGAUAGCCACUAAAAUAUUAAACGGCAAUCCAAUAGCCACACAUAAACACACCAACUGGACCCCAACAAACACUGUGUUGUCUCAAUAAUCAUCAAGUAUUUUAUACGCAAAUCCAAGUCCCCUUAUCUAUACAACCACCUUUUCUUGAAUUUUCCUCCACUCAUCUCACUGUCUAAACAAGUUUUCUUCUUAUGCCCUCUCUUGUUCCCAAGAUUUUUUUCUGUUUGGAGAUUCUUGAAAGUGUUUUUCUUUGGUUGAGUGGACUGAUUGCCUACUUGGGGUUUCUUGAUUUUGUGUUAUGUUUUGAAAUCUUGUGUAAAACUCAAAAAGGGUAUGUCUGAAGAUUGAGAUAUAUUGGUGUAUAUAUAUAGUAAAAGAGAUGAAGAUUCAGUGUGAUGUGUGUGAGAAAGCACAAGCUACUGUGAUUUGCUGUGCAGAUGAGGCAGCUUUGUGUGCAAAAUGUGAUAUAGAAGUUCAUGCUGCUAAUAAAUUGGCAAGUAAGCAUCAGAGGCUACAUCUUCAGUGCCUAUCCAAUAAGCUUCCUCCUUGUGAUAUUUGCCAAGAUAAAGCAGCCUUCAUCUUCUGCGUUGAGGAUAGAGCUCUCUUUUGCAAGGACUGUGACGAAGCAAUUCAUUCAGCCAGCAGCCUUGCUAAGAACCACCAGCGAUUCCUAGCUACAGGAAUUCGUGUAGCCUUGAGCUCAAGCUGCAAUAAGGAUGCAGUAAAAAGCCAACUGGAGCCACAACCACCUCAGCAGAAUACCCAACAAGUUGGCUUGAAAAUGCCUCCACAACAAUUGUCCAGUAUCACAUCACCAUCUUGGCCUGUCGAUGAUUUAUUAGGAUUUCCAGAUUAUGAGUCGAGUGACAAGAAGGAGCUACUUGAGCUUGGUGAAUUUGAGUGGUUGGGAGGCAUUGAUCUCUUUGGUGAACAAACAGCGGCUGAAGUACCUGAGCUAUCGGCACCUCAGUCGAACAACACAAAUAUUUACAGGCCAACCAAAUAUAACAUGCCUUACAAGAAGCUGAGAAUUGAAAUGCCAGAUGAAGAUGAGUAUUUUACAGUCCCAGAUCUUGGUUGAACUCCCAACUUCUAGAAGUUCGUAGUUAAAGUAUAUGUGUGUGCUUGUGUUUAGUACUUGAUCAGUGCACUCUUUCUGUUAACAGAUGUGCAGUAAGUAGAAGAAAAAUUGUUCAGCUUAAGAUAUUCCUUAUCUUGCUUAUAUGUUUACUUUUCUUGAGCUAGUGUAACCUUCUUUUGUUAUGAGAACUGCCACAUCUUUUUAGUCCCAAACUGCAAAUCUGAUAAAUCAAUCCAAUUUCAAUAUUUUAUUCA